AGGAAUCAUUCAUCAGAAAAGGGUGAUCUACGAGAAUGGAGAGGCUAUCGAGAGAUUCUGCAUUCAUGAUAAUGAAUUCUGCAAAUUAUGUUUAGAUUGAUAUAGUCUAGAUUGGACAAAAUUAAACAAAGCAACGGAAAAGUCCGGCGGGUCGCCGGCAUGACUAUGCCGCCGUCGCAAAAGCGCGGCGCUCCCCCCACCAUGAAGAGCUCAUCGUCGGGUCCUCCUUCAGAAAGCGGCUCCUCCAGCGCCAAACCCUCCUCCCCAAAUUCGUCUAUUGUUUGGGAGAGGACAGUGAAGAAACUAAGGCUAUCUAAGGCACUUACGAUUCCAGAUGGAACCACUGUCUCGGAAGCCUGCAGGAGGAUGGCAUCAAGGCGUGUUGAUGCUGUUCUGCUGACUGAUGCUAAUGCCUUGCUCUCAGGAAUUGUCACUGAUAAGGACAUAACAACCAGAGUUAUAGCCGAGGACCUGAGACCAGAGCACACAGUAAUUUCAAAAGUUAUGACAAGAAAUCCAAUUUUUGUGAACUCAGAUUCUUUGGCUAUUGAAGCUUUGCAAAAGAUGGUCCAAGGAAAAUUUCGGCACCUCCCUGUUGUUGAGAAUGGUGAAGUCAUUGCACUCUUAGAUAUCACAAAAUGCCUUUAUGAUGCAAUAUCAAGAAUGGAGAAGGCUGCAGAGCAGGGGAGUGCUAUUGCUGCGGCAGUUGAAGGUGUUGAACGUCAAUUUGGAAGCAGUCUCUCAGCAUCAUCGAGUUUUAUAGAAACACUCAGGGAACAUGUGUUCAAGCCUUCUCUCUCCACCAUCAUAUCUGAAAGUUCUAGAGUUGCUGUUGUUGCACCUUCUGAUCAUGUUCAACUUGCUGCUAAAAGGAUGCGUGAACUAAAGGUCAACUCAGCUCUUGUUAUGACAGGGAACAGCAUCCAGGGAAUACUCACUUCAAGAGAUAUACUGUACCGAGUUGUGGCCCAAAACCUCUCUCCGGAUCUGACUGUAAUGGAAAAGGUAAUGACGCCGAAUCCAGAAUGUGCGACCUUAGAGACAACUAUUCUUGAUACAUUGCAUAUAAUGCACGAUAGGAAGUUCUUACACAUUCCCGUUCUUGAUAAAGAUGGAUGUGUUGCUGCAUGUCUGGAUGUUCUGCAGAUAAGUCAUGCUGCAAUCUCCAUGGUUGAGACCAGCUCUGGCUCUGUUAAUGAUGGCCCAAAUACAGUGAUGCAGAAUUUCUGGGAUUCAGCUCUUAAUAUGGACCCCCCUGAGGAUUAUGAUACCACUAGUGAGGUAUCUACGUCUCAAUAUGUGGCAUCGGAGACUGUAGAUCAUCAGAAGUCCACAUACACAUCAGCUGGUCCUGAGAAUUCAUAUUGUUUCAAAUUUGAGGACCUUGAAGGGCAUGUCCACCGAUUUAACUGUGGCACAGAGCAUCUAGCUGAACUUGUUUCUGCUGUCGUGCAACGGACAGGUGCAUCCACUCGUCAGACUCGCCCUCGACUUCUGUAUGAAGAUGAUGAGGGUGAUAAAGUUCUGCUCACAACAGAUGGAGAUCUUGCCGAUGCUGUAAGCGGUGCACGGGCAGUUGGCCUAAAGGUUGUGAGGUUGCACGUGGACUAUAUUCGUUCGAAACAAGAAACAAGAAACGUGACAAGUGAUAUGGUGCGGCGAGUGGAAGCUAAUUGGACUCAACUCCACUAUGGAAUUCUCGGAGGAGCAGCUGUCCUCGCAAGCAUUGGUGUUUUGGUCUGCUUGAAGCGCUCUAAAACAUGAUAUACGACACGGUACACCGUUAGCUUCUAGCAAGCAUUUUCAAAUUUUCAUGGCCUGUAUGAGAAAUGAUCAACUGCGAGGUAGAGAGGAACACGAGAGAUGGAAGGUGGAAGCUUAACGAUUGUUUUUCUUAGGUAUGAUUAGUUUUUGGUGCAGAAAUAUAGAGUUACAUUGGUUGGUCUCUUUUGAUAUGAACAUGGAUAUUCAUAGGGCCUCUUAGAUUGGAAGAGUUCUGCAUAAUUUUGCCGAAUUGCCCACAGAGAUGAAAUGUAAUCACCAUUUUUUCUAUAUUUAUAUAUACAGAAGAGUAAGAUCAUAUUUCGCACUUGUCGUUAUGCUCGAUUAUUAAGGAGAGUCAGAUUUAAGUGUAAUAUUGUAUGAGUAACAUAUAAAUUCUGUACUAUUACA